ACUACCAAACAACAUCUCAAUACUCUUGAAAAGCUCCACCGUCUCGGGCAACCCUAGCUUUCUCGAGUUCCCAAAACGUAUGAGGGAGCCAUUAAUUCGUCCCCAAAAGCUCGCAGAGAGAUAAUUUGAGAAUAUAAACAUGGCAGUAUCGGGAGAUUUCCGGGUCUCGGCUGCUUUGGGCCCGUCUCCGAACAACUCCAUCAGGAGCUCAAAGCAUUUUCGUCUCCCUUCUAAGGUACACCUUGGUGUCUUCGUAAAUGGCAGUCCUAGUGCAUCUGAGCUCGUGCUUAGAGGGUCACAAGCCUCAGGUAUUGGUCAUAGUGUGCCAUGCCACUCCAGAAGAAUACUUGGAAGCCUCGGGGAUCACAAACUAUCCUCAAAUUCCAUGAGCCAAGAGUUCGACAGCUUCCUUUUUAAUGCAACCGAUAUGGGCUUUUUCGAGCGCAUCAGCUUGGCUUGGAAGAUAAUGUUUCCACCGUCACCAUCAUCUGCAAGGAGUUCAAAUAGAAACAUCGCGAAGCAACGGAUGAAGAUGAUACUCUUCUCUGAUCGGUGUGCUGUGAGUGAUGAGGCCAAGCAGAAGAUAGUGAGCAACAUUGUGAGCGUUCUCUCUGAUUUCGUGGAGAUAGAAUCACAGGAUAAAGUUCAUCUCAGUGUUUCAACUGAUCCAGACCUCGGGACCAUCUACUCUGUCUCGGUGCCAGUUCGGCGCGUGCGAUCAGAGUACCAAGCAGAGGAUCCAAGUGGGAUGAUCACAAAUAUUGAGUACAAAGAUACUGGAGAAAAGUCUGGGUCUGUUGAUGUCAAGUUUGAUUUCUACAUUCCAAAUGAGGAUUGAGUUGGUUUACUCUUCUCUGAUUGGUUAACUUGUUUGUCAAUGCGCUUUCUUUUCUUUCUUUUUUUUUCGUUUAUCCUUUUUAGCAUACAAUAGCUAUUUCUGUCAUUGUGUUUCUUUUUUUUCAUCUUUGUGAGGAUGAAUCAUUGAGGCUUGUACAGCAAAAACAUUUUGUUUAAAUAGUAGGAUUUGAGUAUUCCCUUCGUUCUAUUCUAACUAUUUGGUUGAUUGUUUAAUGUAUUCAAGUAAUAAAUGAAGGGGCACAUA